AUGGCAAUCCUCGAGAUCCUAUACGUCGUUGGCUGGAUUGCAGUGCUCUGGGGCGCAUCGAGGGUUUAUGAUCGGACGGUGCGGAAGGUCGUCCAGCAUAACCUACCGGGCCCGCCACGCGAAUCUUGGCUCAAGGGCAAUUUUGGUCAGCUCUUCAAUUCGAGGGGAUGGGACUUCCAUUACAGUUUGAACGAGAAGUACGGAAGCGCCGUGAAGGUCCACGGUCUCUUUGGUGAUGAACAAAUCUACGUUAUGGAUCCGCUCGCUCUUCAUCAUAUCGUUGUGAAGGACCAGGAGGUGUUUCAGGAGACAGCUACGUUUACCAACUUCGUCGUUAUUCCUUCUAUCGAUACAGAAUGUUCACCCGUUUUUAGGGGGUUGAAGAUCAUCUUUGGCGAGGGAUUACUGGCAACAGUAGGCGAGCAACAUCGCAAACAGAGGAAGAUCUUGAACCCGGUGUUCUCCCAAUCACAUAUGCGGAACAUCGGCCCAAUCUUCCAGGAUGUUGCCUUCCAGCUGCGCGAUAUGAUCAAGCUCCACCUGUCUAACGGAUCCAGGCAGAUCGACAUGCUCGAUCCGAUAUCACGUGCAGCUCUGGAAAUAGUUGGAGAAGCCGGAUUCGGAUACUCGUUCGACGCGUUGAAACCGAACGUUCGGAGUCGCUACGCCGAAAACGCAAAGCGACUGAUUCCCACCGUCUUCAAGCUCCAGAUCGUCCGCCAGUUCCUUCCACUUCUGACGAAGCUCGGGCCGGCGUGGUUCCGCCGAUUCCUGAUCGAUAUCUCACCCGUACCGCCCUUGAAAGAAGCAAAACGCAUCGCGGAUACCUUGAACGAGGAGGCCAUGAAAGUGUAUGCGCAGAAGAGGAAGGCGCUCGAAAUAGGGGACCAAGCAGUGAUCGAAGAGAUUGGCGGCGGUACCGACAUAUUCGGCGCUCUCAUGCGAGCGAACAUGUCUGCUUCCGAAAAGGAGCGUCUCACUGAGUCCGAGCUGUUUGGGCAAAUAAACACCUUAAUCUUCGCUGCCACGGACACCACCACAGGCGCGAUAUCUCGCACCCUCUUCUUGCUUGCCUCCCAUCCAGAGGUCCAAGAACGCCUGAGGCAGGAGAUCGUCGAGGCGCGCGAGAACCGGGACCUGUCGUACGAUACGCUUUCCUCACUGCCGUAUCUUGAUGCAGUUUGUCGAGAGACCUUGAGGCUUUUCCCGCCACUUCCGUUCGUGUUUCGGACUGCCAUCAGCGACGGCGUCGUGCCGCUCAUGUUCCCGAUCCGAGGUACCGACGGUGAAGAAAUCCGCGAGGUUCACGUCCGAGACAAUCAGAACGUUAUUAUCGGAAUUGGUGCUAUCAAUCGUAGCAAAGCGCUUUGGGGACCGGAUGCCGACGAAUGGCGCCCUGAGCGAUGGCUUAACCCCCUCCCAGACGCAUUGGUUCAUGCCAAGAUUCCGGCCGUCUACUCGCAUUUGAUGACCUUCUUGGGCGGUGGCCGAUCUUGCAUCGGAUUCAAGCUCGCGCAAUUCGAAAUGAAGAUUGUUCUGUCUGUUUUAUUGGAGGCUUUCUCGUUUCAGCUCCCCGAUGACGCUAAAAUCUUCUUCCCGGUGUCAACCAUCGUUGCUCCAACGACAGAAGGGCACGAGAAAGAGAUACCUCACAUGCCAAUGAAGGUUACGGAUCUGCACCACUGACCAUCGCACCGCAUCACUAUAUCGAGGAGCUACCAUGGGAGGCCGUUGCGUAUACCCCCGUGUCGGACCAUGUAGCUAAUUGCGGCGCAUGGGGACAGAAAACAAUGAGACAUACAAACUCGGACAUUCGGCAAUGAGGCUGUAUGAUACAGUCGAUGAGAAACUCUGCGCAACAUGGUGUCCUCCGCCCCAACUUGAGACAGGAGUAUAAGUCUCUGAACUUAAGAGGAGAGGCACUGCGAGUAGUAGUCGUUGACAACGUUGCAGACAAAUGGCGCAACGCAGCCAGUGGGGCCGGAAUAGCCCUGACCGCCGCACUGGCCAUACUCCGCGACGGUGCCGGCGGACGCAGUGGAAGCGGGCGCAGAGGAUGUCGACGCGGGCUUGACGGUCGAUGUCGCGGCAGUCGAGGAAGGCGCCGGUGCAGCAGAGGACGCGGCACCCGAGCUCCCGUACAGCGGCGGGCCAGGGAUCGGGUAAGUGGUUUCGGUCUCGGCCGCGCUGCUGUAGAUGUCGAUGGAGAGGCCGGGGUCGGAGUUGGAGUAAGCACCGGGAAAAGAGACGAGUUCGGCGGAGGUCGGGGCGAGGUUGCCGCCGCCGGUGAUUGUGAUCUGCGCGCACUCCGGGUAGAAUUGGGCGGGGAGCGAGUGCAGGGCGAUAGUCUCGAAGCGAAUGAGGUAGCUGCCACUCGGGACAGUCGAGGGGAUGGUCGUGGUCCAGGAUGAGUUUUGGUCGAUCAUCUUGCCCGAGCCCCAGUAGCCGUCGAAUACUGUGCCGCUCAGGAGACCGGCCUGAUCGAUCUUGAACCACUUGAGGCUGUUGGCAUUUACGCCUGUACAGCUGCUUCCAGGGCAUUGCGCAAGGUAAGUGAGCAUAGGGCCGUAAGCGUGCGCCCAGGGUUGGUUCCAGUACGCAGUGAUCUCAGAGCCAGCCGCAACGGUCGCAGUCAGCUGCAGGGCGCCAGACGUGCCAUCGUCGUUGCAAGCGAGUGUAGGGUCAGUCGCGUCGGUGAUGGGGUUGUAGGUGCUCCAAGGGCGCUGGAUGGUGGUCUGGCCAGUGGGCGAGUUGUAGGGUUGCCAUCCCGAAUACCAGUUGCCGGCGUUGGCGUACGAGAGGACACCUCCGUGAGCGAGGGCCUUCGGCAGAGCGAGAGCAGCGACGAGAGCGACGAUGGCGAACAUCCUUUGGCUAGGGAUCUCGAGUUAUCGUCCGAUGGGCGACGCAGAACGGUAUCGGAGCAUCCAGCUGCUCUUAUACCGCCACACGUAGAUGAAAAUAAC